AUGAAAUCUGCUGAAGAGGGUGAGUAGGCUGUUGCUGUUACGUUUGAAUGUCAGACUGUGUGUAAGAGUAAUAUAGCAUUCAUAAACGGUAAUUCAAUCGACAUUUGAACAGAUGCUUCUGCGUAUUGGAUAGCUGCCUGUCUUGUCUAGUGGCAACAUUUUCUCCUCAGGUGUCAGUCAAUGGGUUUAUUCUCUGUUUAGAUAGCCUCCUAUUAUACAGGUAUGAUAAUGUAAUGAAGCAUACUGAAUAAUGAGAUGAUUUUUGAUAGGCCACGUCAUUGUUAUCAUAUUCAUGGUAGCUACUUACAUUUUGAAAUAAAUAUUUGGUUUCAGCAAAAUGUUUAUUUAAAGUACCUACUAACAUUGUUUGUAUUGAAAUAAGAAAUAUGUUGAGAUUGCCAUAAGGAAUGAUUAACUUGAAACACAUGGGUCUUUAUUAUGAGCUCGACAUUAUAUUAUGAGGUGCCUCUCCUAUGAAUAAGGAGUGGUGGGGUUGGCAGUAGUGGAACCAAAGCUCACAUUCAAGAGGUUUACUCAAAUUGGUAAUCCAUGCCUCACUGCAUCUUCUUGCAUGAGUAAACACACCCCAUUUGAAGAUACAUUUACCCCAAAUGUACAGUGUUUCAGUGUGCAAGUCUAGAUUUACUACAAUUUAAUCAGAGAGCAUGCACAUAACUACCAGUGGUUCCCGUUGGUAAAGUGGCAUCUUCAAUGCGAUCCAUCAAGAAUUUGCAUAAAGACAUUGCAAUGCUGUGAUGUUAAGGCUAUUACAUUGUGAUUAUGUUGUGGGAGUCAUGCGGUGGUGCACUGAUGUCAUGUCUUUAUGGUUGCCCCAGUAGUCUCUUAAUUCACAGCAGACAGGAGCUCUGGCGACUGCAUGCUGUCUGAGACUGGACUAGUCUUAAGAGCUGACAGUAGUAAGAUUACUCAAAUCCCUUUGCCCUUAACCACCCCUUCCCCCGUUCUCCUCUGUCUGUGCCACAUGAGUAGUCAGUCUUUCUCUUAUGCCCUUAAAAAAGGUAAACUCAGCUCCAUCAUUCAUUGAAUCAGAUGGCUCAUUCAUCACAAAACCAACUGAUAUUGCCAACAACUUUAAAGAUUUUUUUCAUUGGCAAGAUUAGCAAACUUAGGCAUGACAUGCCAGCAACAAUUGCUGACACUACACAUCCAAGUAUAUCUGACCAAAUUAUGAAAGACAAGCAUUGUAAUUUUGAAUUCCGUAAGAGGUGAAAAAAUUAUUGUUGUCUAUCAACAAUGACAAGCCAAAUUAAGGUUCAUACGUCUAACAACUUGGGUGGAAAAUUACUGAGGAUAAUAGCUGAUGAUAUUGCCACUCCUAUUUGCCAUAUUUUCAAUGUAAGCCUACUAGAAUGUGUGUGCCCCCAGGCUUGGAGGGAAGCAAAAGUAAUUCCGCUACCUGGAAAAUUGCAAUUGGCUUAGAACAGGGCAGCACAGCUGGCCCUUGGAUGUACACAGAGAGCUAAUAUGAAUAAUAUGCAUGUAGAUCUCUCCUGGCUCAAAGUGGAGGAGAGAUUGACUUCAUCACUACUUGUGUUUAUGAGAGGUGUUGACAUGUUGGGUGCACCGAGCUGUCUGUUUGAGCUACUGGCGUACAGCUCGGUCACCCAUGCAUACCCCACAAGACAUGCCACCAGAGGUCUCUUCACAGUCCCCGAGUCGAGAACAGACUAUGGGAGGCGCACAGUACUACAUAGAGCCAUGACUACAUGGAACUCUAUUCCACAUCAAGUAACUGAUGCAAGUAGUAAAAUUAGAUUUAAAAAACAGAUACAAAAACACGUUAUGGAACAGCGAGGACUGUGAAGCAACACAAACAUAGGCGCAGACACAUGCAUACACACACACGAUAACAUUCGCACUAUACACACACGUACACAUGGAUUUUUGUACUGUAGAGAUGUGGUAGUGGUGGAGUAGGGGCCUGAGUGCACACAGUGUGUUGUGAAUGUAUUGUAAUGUUUUUUUAAUUGUAUGAACCUUAAUUUUGCUGGACCCCAGGAAGAGCAGAUGCCUUGGCAGCAGCUAAUGGGGAUCCAUAAUAAAUGCAAAUACAAAUACCCAGUGGGGGAGCUGGCAUCUUGGCUGGCAUCAUGAGGCUCCCCUUUUGGGUAGAGCUUGCACAUUUAGUCAUGCAAGCAAACUAGCCAUGUGGCACACACAGGUGAUACAUUUUCCUAUAGCUUUUGAAAGUAAACUAGCCAACAAAAAGUAUAGUAUUUGGUUCCUCAAUGUUUUGAUUGCUGUGGUACAGUGAGGGAAAAAAGUAUUUGAUCCCCUGCUGAUUUUGUACGUUUGCCCACUGACAAAGAAAUGAUCAGUCUAUAAUUUUAAUGGUAGGGUUAUUUGAACAGUGGGAGACAGAAUAACAACAACAAAAAUCCAGAAAAACGCAUGUCAAAAAUGUUAUAAAUUGAUUUGCAUUUUAAUGAGGGAAAUAAGUAUUUGACCCCUCUCAAUCAGAAAGAUUUCUGGCUCCCAGGUGUCUUUUUAUACAGGAAACGAGCUGAGAUUGGGAGCACACUCUUAAAGGGAGUGCUCCUAAUUUCAGUUUGUUACCUGUAUAAAAGACACCUGUCCACAGAAGCAAUCAAUCAAUCAGAUUCCAAACUCUCCACCAUGGCCAAGACCAAAGAGCUAUCCAAGGAUGUCAGGGACAAGAUUGUAGACCUACACAAGGCUGGAAUGGGCUACAAGACCAUCGCCAAGCAGCUUGGUGAGAAGGUGACAACAGUUGGUGCGAUUAUUCGCAAAUGGAAGAAACACAAAAGAACUGUCAAUCUCCCUCGGCCUGGGGCUCCAUGCAAGAUCUCACCUCGUGGAGUUGCAAUGAUCAUGAGAACGGUGAGGAAUCAGCCCAGAAAUACACGGGAGGAUCUUGUCAAUGAUCUCAAGGCAGCUGGUACUAUAGUCACCAAGAAAACAAUUGGUAACACACUAUGCCGUGAAGGACUGAAAUCCUGCAGCGCCCGCAAGGUCCCCCUGCUCUAGAAAGCACAUAUACAGGCCCGUCUGAAGUUUGCCAAUGAACAUCUGAAUGAUUCAGAGGAGAACUGGGUGAAAGUGUUGUGGUCAGAUGAGACCAAAAUCGAGCUCUUUGGUAUCAACUCAACUCGCCGUGUUUGGAGGAGGAGGAAUGCUGCCUAUGACCCCAAGAUCACCAUCCCCACCGUCAAACAUGGAGGUGGAAACAUUAUGCUUUGGGGGUGUUUUUCUGCUAAGGGGACAGGACAACUUCACUGCAUCAAAGGGACGAUGGACGGGACCAUGUACCGUCAGUUCUUGGGUGAGAACCUCCUUCCCUCAGCCAGGGCAUUGAAAAUGGGUCGUAUAUGGCUAUUCCAGAUGACAAUGACCCAAAACUCACGGCCAAGGCAACAAAGGAGUGGCUCAAGAAGAAGCACAUGAAGGUCCUGGAGUGGCCUAGACAGUCUCCAGACCUUAAUCCCAUAGAAAAUCUGUGGAGGGAGCUGAAGGUUCAAGUUGCCAAACGUCAGGCUCGAAACCUUACUGACUUGGAGAAGAUCUGCAAAGAGGAGUGGAACAAAAUCCCUCCUGAGAUGUGUGCAAACCUGGUGGCCAACUACAAGAAACGUCUGACCUCUGUGAUUGCCAACAAGGGUUUUGCCACCAAGUAUAAAGUCAUGUUUUGCAGAGGGGUCAAAUACUUAUUUCCCUCAUUAAAAUGCAAAUCAAUUUAUAACAUUUUUGACAUGCGUUUAUUUUUAUUUUUUGGUUGUUAUUCUGUCUCUCACUGUUCAAAUAAACCUACCAUUAAAAUUAUAGACUGAUCAUGUCUUUGUCAGUGGGCAAAUUUACAAAAUCAGCAGGGGAUCAAAUACUUUCUUUCCUCACAGAGGCAAUGUGAAAUUUGAAAAAAGUUAUAGUCUACAUCUGCUUUCCAAUUGGCUUAUUCAUCCCCCCUCCUCCCCCUGUAACUAUUCUCCAGGUCAUUGCUGUAAAUGAGAACGCGUUCUCAGUCAACUUACCUGGUAAAAUAAGGGUAAAAUAAAUAAAUAAAUUAUGGCUUUGGUUAUUUUUAGAGUGUAAUUAUUUUUGGCUCUUAUUUUUAUAUAUCUCACCUUAGUUAUUUUGUGAAGGUUGUGGCUUUCAGGGCUGGUGUGUUGAACUGUGUGUUGGUGGUAGUUUUAUUUCUGUGAUUGGGGAAACCCAUUUCGUUUUGAGUUCUCUGGUUUUGCUCUUAUUUGGAUACAGGAACAUGUUUACUUUCUGGAUCAGCGUGUAGAUGCAGUUUACACUCCAUCAUGAGCAACACCAUCGCAGCAGCAUUCUUUGUAAUUAACUGGCAACUGCAGUAUGUGUUUGUGUGUGAGCCAAUGAGAGUGUGUAUGGACCAUAAUUCUAACUCAUUCCAUGUAUUUGCUUUUCAGAUGCAUACAGCCACACCCCCAAUGUCAGUCUCUCCCAGGGCAACCCCUGCCUGCCUUCCCAAUACCACAGUCUCCAGUCUGGUUCCACCAUCUCAGUCUCCAUCAGCCAGCCUCCCAGCUACGGCGCCCACAACGACAUGAGGACAGUGGGUUACUACUCGUCCCCUAGCAUCUGUCCAAAUGGGGCACCAGCCCUCGAGAGCCCUCGUAUUGAGAUCACAGCCUACGGGCAGUUUCCUGAGGACAAGGUUGAAGAGAGCAACAACCUUCCUGUGGCUAAACGGGUCAACUCCAUCGUGACCCUGACGUUGCCCAACGCAGAUGGCUACCGUGAUCCCAGCUGCCUCAGCCCGGCCAGCAGUGUGUCGUCACGCAGCUGUCACUCCGAGGCCUCGUCCUACGAGUCAGGCUUCUCCUAUAACUACGAAAAUUCACCCCAGAACUCGCCUUGGCAGUCGCCCUGCGUCUCACCUAGGGGCUCCUCCUCUCUCGCCCUUCCAGGUGAUGCUUGCGCCCAUGCGGGCUCCCCCCGUCACUCCCCCUCCACCUCCCCCAGCACCAGUGUCACGGACGACAGCUGGAUGGGCCAGCAGGGCUCCAGGCCCAACUCCCCUUGUGGUGGAAAGAGGAAAUACAGCUUCAACGGAACCGCAACCUACAAGUACCCCUACUCCCCCAACCACUCCCCCGGGCCAUCCCCUCACACCUCCCCACGCCUCAGCAUCACAGGUGAGUCUUGGAUGCCUAACAACACCAACCAGUACACCAACUCAGCCAUAGUUGCAGCCAUCAACGCUCUGACCACAGAUGGUGUGGCAGACCUGGUGGAGGGCAUCCCUCUAAAGGCCCGGAAGACUAGCCUGGAGCCUGGGGCAGUCAGCCUGAAGGUAGAGCCUGGAGGAGAGGAGCUCAGCUCCGCGGAGCUCUGUCAGGAUGAGUACCCCUCCUCCCGCCUGCCCUUUAAGAAGGAGAACUACUGUGGGGGAUUACUGGAUGUGCCACCGCACCCAUACUCAUGGUCCAAGCUAAAGCAAUAUGUCAGGUAAGCUGAAGCAACACUUUGACUGACUGAAAUAAUAUUAAUUGUAAGGUUGACAGCUCCAAACAACUGAAAGUUAUUGAGGUCAAAGUAUAAUCGACUCAGAAAUAUACAAGCAAAGCAUUGACAAUCUGCAGUUGCAUCUUGUUACACUGCAAACUUGAGAUAUACUCUCUCCACCUUAGCCCAUCUCUGCCAGCCCUUGACUGGCAGCUGCCAUCCAGCUCGGGGCCGUACAGCCUGCAGAUCGAGGUGCAGCCCAAAUCUCACCACCGUGCCCACUACGAGACCGAAGGGAGCAGAGGGCCAGUCAAGGCUCUGGCAGGAGGACACCCUGUGGUGCAGGUCUGCUAUCCUCCUUAUACUCACAUACCAUACUCUAAUAUAGACUUGUCUGGAUGUAAUACUAUUAGCCCCAUCACUUCUCGGCUUACCACUUUCUCCGACCUACAGUGAGCUCCAAACGUAUUGGGAAAGUAAAAAUGUUUUUGUGCAUUUGCUGUUUGUUUUGGUUGUGUUUCAGAUUAUUUUGUGCCCAAUAGAAAUUAAUGGUAAAUAAUGUAUUGUGUCAUUUUGAAGUCACUUUUAUUGUAAAUAAGAAUAAUAUAUCUUUCUAAACACUUCUACAUUAAUGUGGAUGCUACCAUGAUUACGCAUAAUCCUGAAUGAAUCAUGAAUAAUGAUGAGGGAGAAAGUUACAGAAGCACAAAUAUCAUACCCCCAAGACAUUCUAACCUCUCACCAUUACAAUAACAGGGAGGUUAGCAUUGUUUUGGGGGUGGGUAUGAUAUUUGUGCAUCUGUAACUUUCUCACUCAUCAUUAUCCACGAUACAUUCAGGAUUAUCCGUAAUCAUGGUAGCAUCCACAUGAAUGUAUAAGUGUUUAGAAACAUAUUCUAUUCUUAUUUACAAAAAAUGUGACUCCAAAAUGACACAAUACAUUAUUUACAAUUAAUUUCUAUUGGGCACAAAUUAUCUGAAACACAACCAAAACAGACAGCAAAUGCAUCCAAUAAAUGUGUAAAGUCACAAGCUUGAUGUAGUCAUUACGUGUUAUGAAUAUGGGACCAAAUACUUAACUUUUUACUACUUUAAUACACAUAUAAGGGAAUUUGUCCCAAUACUUUUGGUCCUCUAAAAUGGGGGGACUAUGUACAAAGAGUGCUGUAAUGUCUAAACAGUUCACCCGAUAUGGAUGAAAAUACCCUCAAAUUAAAGCUGAUAGUCUGCACUUAACCUCAUAGUCAUUGUAUCAUUUCAAAUCCAAAGUGCUGGAGUACAGAGCCAAAACAACAACAAAAAUUGUCACUGUCCCAAUACUUUUGGAGCUCACUGUAUUUCUCCGAUCACUUUCUUUCCAACCUAUUUAUAUCGCCAGCGCUUAAAUAGAUUAGUGGGUAUGUGUUUUAUCAUUACACGACUGAUGUUAUUCGAAAGACGCCAUAGUUCUGAAUGAAAUACCAUAGGUAUGCUAUUAGACAGACCAGUCCGUUCAGUCAGUUCCUGUCCAGACGAGGGUGACUGAAACUUUUCCAUUACGUCUCAAGUGCAGACAGACAGUCGCAAAGUGAGGUACUGUGGCCAGUAAAGCUUAGUCAUGAGCUUAAACCACAGUAGCUUUGAUGGUCGAAUCAGAAGAAGUAUUGAGUAAUAGUAAUUCUUGGACUACAAGGCCGGUCUUCCCAAUCAUUGUACCACAUCACUGACUUGACUUCAACCUCUGAAUAAACCACUGAGUCUACAUUGAGAAGAGAAAGUAAGCCAUCAAAGGUUUCAGCAGGAAAAGUUUGCAUGUGAUAAAUAGUAUCUGGACAGUUGAACUUCUCACAUAUCCUUGUGUGGUAACACCCCAAAGUUUGCAACCACCCUGAGAUUCUAACCAGGAAGGCUACAGUGGGGCUGAAUGGGAACCUGAGAACGUAGCUAGCUAAGCAUGUUGUAUGAUCCUGUGUGUCUAAACACCAGAAUGCACAUCUGUACUGGGUAGCAUGUUUUUCUCUGUGAUUAGGUGCUAAUGAUUUAAUGACAUGGGGUCUGGGUUACUUUCAUCAUGAAAUAGUGUGUUCUUUCAAAACCUCCUCCUCCCUCCCCUCCCCUCCUCUUCCCUCCCUCCACCAGCUUCCGACCAAACACACAGGCUUCCCUUUGUUUAGGAAAGUUCCCGUCUGUAAUGCUGACAUCAUCAAUAGUGGUGUCCUGUGGAGGCGGCCAGGCCAGGCCGGGCUCAAACCACACACGUUUCUGGCAGCCUGAUGGAGAUGUUAGAAGGAGCUUAAGGCCACUCAAUCUCUCGCUAGCUUCCUGAUUACAUGGUACACUGUGGGUUGUGAGGCUGUGGACACUGGCUGACUGGCCCUUCUCUCUGGCUCUUCCUCUGAGUUAAACCUUGCCCAAACUGUACAGAGUUUGUUCUCGAAGCCGCUCUGGUUCCCUCCAUGUCGAGCACAGCUAAGCCUGGUGUUUUCUGUUCUUUUUGAAUGCCACGGCUGCUGCUGCUGCAGACCACACGCGCCAUUAUGCAGAUGGCAGACUGAGUUAUGCGCUCCUAAAGGACUGUGUGCGCUCUUUACUACAGUUAUGUCCUGGGUUUUAGGCUUAGCUUUCAUAGCUGGGUCCGAGGGAAUACCCCAUACUCAAGUCUGUGGGGGCUUUUAUGGCGAAAAUCAUUAAGUGAUGUAAAAUAAAGUGAGUGAAAAUAUCUAAAACUGGUGAAAGAUAAUACUGUAAAUGUAACCACUGAUAUAUUCAUUUUUGAUUAGCUAAAUGUUGAUUUUCUUGAUCAAACUAUGAACGUCAUGUAACCAUGCUAUUUUAAAUUACAUAUAUAUUUUUUUGAUGUGUUCAAGAAAACGAAAUUGGAGGUCAUGUGAACCAUAUUUUCAAAAGCAUGAUAGGACGAGACUGUGAAGUCAGCUGGAGGGGUGGAGAGAAAGAGAGAGAGGGUGCCCCUGUUGCCCUCUUCCCUCUCUCCCUCCUUUUUUUAUCUCUCUCUGGUGCCAUGAGCGGCCAGUCUUGACAUUCCUCUAGUGGGUGAUAAUACGAUCUAGGGAGGGGAGACUGCACUGCCUGUGCUGAAACAAGCUACAGUACCUCUCACUCCAUCACACACUCCCUACAGCCUAAAUAAACAGCAUUGCUAGGCAGUAACCCAUUUCCUUACAUAAAUAGACAGAGCUUUUGCAGGCUCUUAACCCUCAAAGGGAUCUACCUCUAAAUGGCAUGUUAUGCUUACUGCUUUCCCAACCUAAGCCUAGUUAGCGACCCUGUCCUCGUCCUCCAGUGGUGGUUGUUAUAGGGAGCUCCAUAGUUAGGGAUGUGGUAGCCGCGGAAGCUAGGGCCCACUGCUUCCCUGGAGCCCAUGCUCGUGACAUUCAUCAACAGGUCCCCACUGUGAUGGAGAAGCACCCAAAUGCUUACACAGUGUAGUCAUUCAUGUUGGUACAAACAACAUCAAUCUUCACAAAUCAAAGCAAUUUGAAGAUUACUUUAGAAGGCUUACAGACAGGCUAAAGGAGACAGAGAAGCGUUUUUUCAUUUCCGGGCCUCUACCAACAAUAGGUCACGGAAUGGAACACUUUAGUCGUCUCCUCUGGCUACACUACUGGCUUAAAUCCUACUGUUCCUCAAUGGAUUUGGAGUACAUUGACAAUUUGGACUACUUUUGGGAGAACCCCAGUUUUACAAGAGGGAUGGCUUGCAUCCAAAUAGGAAAGGGGCAAAAGUAAUCUUCUAUUCCCACUAUUUCACAGUGUUAUCAUCGUACUGCUACAGAUAACCAUAUUCCCAGGGGUAUUGUCAGUAAUAAUCUUGUGACCAUAAAAUUGAAUUCCACUGUUAGCUCUGUUACUGUUCGCCCAAUUGGGAAGCCCACUGUGGUAAACUCGUCCAGUGCUCAUACUUCAAAUACCAUAAAUAUGGAUUUCAAAAUGCGUAGAGGGCUUGGGCUGUUACAUAUCAGCGUGCAAAGUUUGAUGUCAAAGAUGGACCUUCUCGAUAUCUGGGUGCAUGACACGAGCCCAGAUAUUUUGGUUCUCACAGAGACUUGGCUAAAUGACUCGAUCCCAAAUAAGAACAUUGACAUUGCUGAUUACAACAUCUUCAGGUGUGACAGACUGAAAAAGGGGGGAGGGGUGGCUAUAUAUGUGAAAUCAUCUACUCUAAAUAUCACUAUCCCCCCCCAAAAAUAGUUUUUGGUUAUAGAUGUGGCCAUAAGCCAAAAUAUGUUACAACCUGUUAUGUCAUCUGAAUUAGUCGUUUUGGGGGAUUUUAAUUUAGAUUGGCUUACCCCUCUUAAAUUGCUUGUAAAUAUUGUAUGUUUUUAUUGCAUAGAAUGAUUGUGUACAGAGUGCUCUUGAAAAAUAGGUCUUGAUCUCAGUAGGAUUCCCUGUUUAAAUAAAUACAAAUACAAAUUAUGGUAACUCCUUUUUAAGUUCAUGCGGAAAGUAGACUACAGUCACUCAAUGGCUUUGCUGCCUUUCCUUCUUUUUUUUUACUAUGUCAGUCUGACCCCCCAUGCCAAGUUUUUUCUGCUAAUGCCUCCACUGUCAUAGCGUACAGAUAACAUACAUAGCGCCACACUCUGUGUCGGUGGUAGUCUCUACUAUCAGGUUUCAGAGUGGGUUUUAGGCUCCAUGCCGUCGCUCGGCUUUCUGGGUGGCUGUCAAGCAACACCUAUGGAGGUCUGGGAUUCUUUAAGAACCGUUUUGGACUGCAGCCGUUCUGAAUCCUGUUCAAUUAAAUAAUUCUGUGAUCGUCUCGCUGAUAAAAAGUUAACUCCGUCCACCGCUACAAAAAUGUAUCCCUGACCUUGAUCAAUGAGAGCAAUGUGUAAGCGACAUGGAUUACGUCCCAAAUGGCCCCCUAUUCUCUAUAUAGUGCACUAUUUUUGACCAGGGCCCACUGCACUACUGUUGACUAGAGUCCAUAGGGCUCUGGUCAAAAGAAGUGUACUAUGUAGGGAAUAGGAUGCCAUUUGGGACGCGGCCAUAACCUUUAGUUCACUAUAACCCAGGCUUAGUCCUGUCAGCAGGGUAAACUACCCUGUGAAAUCACAGGGCCGUUUGUCUCAGAUGGUUAACUGGCUCUUGGGCAGCCAGCGGAACGCUGGGGAUGGAGCUUCUGUAAUUUCAUGCUGUAUCGCAGCCCAUCAGUACUGACAGGGACUGACAUGAAUGGAGGAAAGAUGUGUAUGGGUUGUUGGCCUUGGAUAAAGAAAGAGUGAGGAGAAAAAUGGUAACUGUGUUUGAAAGGUAUCCCUGAGGUUUUUAACACGUUGUCAGGAGUUGAGUGUGUGGGGGGAUACUUUGUUUUUGACUAGACAUAAGUUGUUUCUUAUCUAUUAACAUUGUCAAACAAAUUCCUAUUAGCCAUUGUUGAUUGGCAAUAAGUUAUUAAUUGAAUUACAUUUAAUGGAAUGUAAUCUCUGUCUUUUCCCUCCAGCUCCACGGCUACAUGGAGAGUGAGCCCCUGACCCUGCAGCUGUUCAUUGGUACGGCAGACGACCGUCUCCUGCGGCCCCAUGCCUUCUACCAGGUCCACCGCAUCACCGGCAAGACCGUCUCCACUCCCAGCCAUGAGGCACUGCAGUCCAACACCAAGGUGCUGGAGAUUCCACUGCUGCCCGAGAACAACAUGCGUGCCAUGUGAGUAUUGUGUGUGUGUAUUCGUCUCUGUGUCUGUCUUUUUGUUGUGCCAAAUCAGUCAGUCAGACAUUUAUGCUCCUCCUCAAGCAACUCAAAUGAUGAGUGAACAUCUGUAGAGUUAUGUCCAUGACGGCUGAUCAGCACCAGCUUGAGUGCGUCUGUCUGUGUGUGUGUUUGUGUUUGUGUGGACUGGAUCACCCCUCUGUACAGAUGGAUUGGUUUCCCAUUGCAUGGUAUAAUAAGCCCUGGAGCUCAUAUUACAGGGGGAACCUCAAAGCCGUUAACAUGAAACUGGGGUCUGUCUAGGCUCCAGGCGGUAGCAGCCUGCUAGACUCAACACUUAAACGUAUGUUAUAGAACCAUUUUCAGUAGUCUUUCUGGAGAACACACCUUAAAGUGAUGUUUGUAUAAGCAAGGGCAUUCUUGGGGUUAAACAUUCCCAUGCAUUCCCAUGUGACUUUGUAUAUUUUGUACAAGUAAAAUAAUAUAUCACAAGCAUUAAUUCAUCGUGAUCUGGGAAGUUACCAGUAAUAGCAUGUCAUAAAUUAUGGUAAAGUAUUAAUCAACUUGAACACGUGACAAGUCUUUCAGUAUUAUUUGGGCACCAAUGCUGACGACUUAAUUUGACUUGGUUAGAGAUCAAUUAAUUCAAUGCUUUUGUUACCAAUGACCGACUACACUCCAAAAGCCAAACACUCUUACAUGGGUUGCAUAGGGUUCAAUGGAGAAAGGUUUUUCCUCCUGAGAUUGGCAAUGAGUUGAACCCUUGGCACAGUUGACUGAGACUUUGUUGUGUCCCAAAUGGCACCCUAUUCCCCAUAGGCGCUGGUCAAAAGUAGUGCACUAUAUAGGGUAUAGGUGCCAUUUGGGACACAACCUUCUUUUCAGGCGUUGAAUAGUGACGCUUCAGUAGCCUCAGCCUGUGCUUUGUUCACUCAUCACACCCCAAGCUGUCUGGCUGUAGGCGGAGGGAGAGCUGAACAGCUGGGGUCCUUAGCCUCAACACCUGAUUGCCUCACCAGCGAAGCAGCAAAGAAUGUUCGGGAGUGUUCAGUUAGUGUAAAAGUUGACAUGAACUACAUUAUAAGGAAUGUAGAGUUGAGGAGCACUGCCAUGGAAAAACACAAAUUUGUUUGGAAAGGCUAACGCCAUGAAAGUCUGAAAUUUUAGAAGUGAGUGCACAGCAUAAACACGAGGGAGGGAGGGGUAUUUAUAAAGUGUCUGAUGAAGGCUCGGAGACUGUGUAAAAAGCAUAAUUACAGCCAAUAGGUUGGCUGGGAGAGCCGUAGAGGGACCAAGGUUGGACCAGCAUCCCAUGGGUGUUCUAUUUUGGUCCAUUAAAAGCUAUUAAUGAAACUAUUAACAUUCACAGCGUUUGGGUUGCUGGAGGGUUGGGAUUUGACCUGAAAGCAGUGGUUGCUGAGUACACAGUAUACGGAAUGAUAAUCUUCUGCUGAAAUAGUGUUGCCUGAUGACUAUUGAUCUAUUCUACAGUGAAAUCCCUUUGUGGUGCUAGAGAGACACUCUUAAACCAUACCUUAAUUAGCUGAGUGUUGAUAUUUACUGUAUGUGGUAACUGUCACAGGGAUAAUGAUUUGGGAUUUCAAUAAUAAUGGGAUCUAUCUAACGUGGUGAUAGCUAUGAGCCUCUCUAAGGUCUAACUCAGUUUAUUUUCUAUCUGUUUAAUGUAGAAUUGACUGCGCCGGCAUCCUGAAACUUCGCAACUCGGAUAUCGAGCUGCGGAAGGGUGAGACGGACAUCGGGCGUAAGAACACACGUGUGAGGAUGGUGUUCCGGGUUCACUUCAACCAGCCCACAGGAAGGACAUUGUCCCUGCAGGCUGCAUCCAACCCCAUAGAAUGCUGUGAGUACACCUUCACUAUCAGCCUGCUUUAAAAUGUAUGAUUGCACUUUUGGGCUGACAGCCAUGCUACGAAGAGUCUUUCAUGUGAACUGUGCAAUAUCUUAUACUGGGGGGGGGGGGGUUAACAUGGCAGAUUAUUUUGACUUUGGUAGAUAAGCACCAUUGACCUUAUAAAGAACUAGAUAUAAAUCUGGUAAUCUCAUGGGUUUCUGGCUGAGAAUCACACCACCGAGAUCAAGUGCUAUGAGGUAAAUGAGAAAUGUGGUUAAACCAUGAUCUCAGCUCUUAAGAAUAGACCAUUGUCGGUCGCUGAUAUACUGCCACAAAACUGUUAUUGACUGAGCCUCUUUUUUUCUAAUGUCGAGAUUAAUUGUCGGAAAGAUUCUUUGCCAGAUUUAUUUUUCAUUUGCAAACAUUAGAGUUUUAUUAAGGAAUAUCACACACUUCAAGGCGGUUGAAGUUAACCAAGAGGUGAUGGCCAAGUAUGAUAAUGAUGGCAAUAAAUUAUUUGUAAAAACAAUAAUUUGAGAAAAUGAUACAAUAACAAAUACUAAAUGGAUCCAUGCCCUCACCCUCAGGUCAGUGGAACCCUAUGUCUCUAGAGCUAUUGGCUCAUGGCAUUGCUAGGGGUGAGGAUUCUUUAAGAGUUGUCAAGCUUGUGAAAAUGACUUAGUCUGGAUGCUCGGGGCUGCAUGGGGAAUGGGUUUGUAUUGACUCUGUCGUGAGGAUAGUGUUUGUCCCCCUCCUACAGCCCAGAGAUCAGCCCAGGAGCUGCCCCUGGUGGAUAAGCAGACCUUAGAGACAUGCCCUGCUGCUGGGGGAGAGAGGAUGCUCCUCAGUGGACACAACUUC